AUGCAUGCGAGAAAUCUAAGGCAAACGCCGCUGGCCAUUGCAUGGCUAGCAUGCCUUCUGCUUUGGGAGUUUACCUCUGCUGAGUCAGACUCCUGCAGGUCGUCGGAUGACACGUCGCUGAUCCAGUUAGCUCCCAGCAAUCUUAGAGCGCGCGUGAGCCCGUGCUUGAAUGCCUACCAGCAGUCUGUGCAGAGCGUCCUCUCUGACUAUGGCGACCACGUUCUUCAGAGAAGUUGGGGUGGCUCUUCUGCACCUGCCCGGACGGGGCAAGCACCGGUCCUGGGAGUAGGCUUCGAUGGCGCCACGUCGAUGGCAUUGGCCACCUUCUGCCGGCAACGAGGUCUGUCUGUGCUACAUGCCCGUCCCGGACAGCAGUCUCACUGGAUUAGCAGCUACCCUGCGCUCUAUGGGAAGUACAAGUCUGCAGGUCGAUGCAGAAAAGAGUUGGACAAGUUUGAUUUCUCCCUCGCUGCCGGAGAGGGCUACAAUGUCUUGUUCGAUGAGGCGGUGUCGCACCACUUCCUCGACUUUUUCUUCAUUUCCCCUGAUUCCAAAGUCCUCCUCGCUGUGCAUCCAUCUACGGAGCGCCAAAACCAGACAAGCACCAUACAGUUCAGAUCAGAGCAUACAUUCCCAGCGAUGUCCACCUGCAACCGCGAUGUUGCGGAUGUGUCGCAGGCGCAAGCUAUAGAUCUGAUGCGGGCGCAUCAGGACUUGGUGCGUUGCGUUGUCCCCUCGGAACAGCUCCUGGAAGUGCGCCUGGAGAACAACAACCUUACUGCGAUCUCUGCCUUCUUGGGCCUGGGCCUCCGACAGUUUGAAGCUCCGUGGCCCCAGUUCAGAUACGGCUUCACUCCGCGCUUCAGCGGCGGUGGCGAUCGGAAGGCAGUCGGAAAGACCCUCUCCGUGUGCAUCACCGGGCAGAUGGGCCGUUUGGAGCUCGAGUCGAAGAUCGCACACGUCAUCAAGCCUGCCUCGAGGCAAGGCAUGCAGGUGAUUGUCAUGGUCGUGCUCGACCCCCGCGAUUCGACACAUUUUGUACACAGAGGCGGCCUCGACGUGGUGAUUGGUCCCUACAAAAGCUUUGACGACUUUCGUGGCUUGAUCCCUGGCCCGGCCUCAGUGAUCUACGACCCCUUCAUUCCAGAAGACUUUCCCAUCAUCCACGGCUACCUGGAGGAACUUCGCAAGGAACCAGGUAAUCCGCGCAUGCGUGCCUUCUCCCACAUGCGCCAAUGGGAAGCGCUCAGUCGUUGUGCAGAGCUUCAAAAAGACCAUCAGCCAGAUAUGACAUUGAGAUUGCGGGAGGACACUUACCUCCUUCAAUCAAUGCAUCCAGAUGCAGAGAAAGAGGGCGUUUAUGUGCCGCAGUGCCGGCCAUGUGGCGGCGUCAAUGACAAGGCUGCCUUUGCAGUGGGUGCCGACGUGGCCUACAGGUACUUGACUACACCGCUGAAGUUGAUGAGAACAGACUUUGACUUCAUUCGCAAACAUCACAAGGCACAUUCCAAAGGAGCAAUGGGACCAGAGGCAGUUCUGAUGGAAAGCCUGUUCAAAGCCAAGAUCAAAUCGUUCCCGUUGCCACCGGAGAGUUUGCCAAUGGCACCUGCCCGCCACGCCAAGUACGAGGACCAGUUCUACUACUGCUUCUAUCGCUCAGUGCAGGAAUGCAUUCCGGAGGCAACGCUGCGACAAUUGAAGGCCAAAAGCCCGAGGAUCAAUGGUGUAGCGAAUGAAAGCGUAGCAUGCACGCCGGUCUCAGCAUAA